AUUACCACGGCAUUUUUAUUCAUAAAUAAGUAGCGUCCAGUCAAUAACUUACAACGUAACCAGGUUUUUCGCCUUCGACUGUGAAAAGUGGUAUGCCCCGCGUCACUCGGCAAGCAGGAGAGGGAGGGUCAACAUGGCGUCUGAACAGGAGAGUUCCAAUGGGCCUGUGAAGAAGUCCAUGCGAGAGAAGGCUAUAGAAAGACGUACGAUUAACAAGGAACACAACAGUAACUUCAAAGCAGGCUAUGUACCCAUAGAAGAAGAACGUCUUCAUAAGACAGGGCUGAGAGGACGCAAGGGAAACAUGGCUGUUUGCAUUGUUGUCCUCCUCUUCCUCCUCGCCUUAAUUAACCUCAUUAUAACUCUGGUAAUUUGGACAGUGAUCCGCAUUGGUCCGAAUGGGUGCGACAGUAUGGAGUUCCAUGAGACUGGCCUGCUGCGCUUCAAACAGAAGGCGGACAUGGGCAUCGUUCACCCACUGCACAAGAGCACAGUAGGAGGCCGUAAGGACCAGGACUUAGUCCUUGUCGGCAACAAUAAUCCGGUUGUGUUCCAGCAAGGCACUACUAAGCUGAGUGUAGAGAAGGACAAGACCUCAGUCGUCAGUGAUGUUGGCAUAUCCUUCACAGACCCUCGCACACAGACCACGUUCUUCAGCACAGACUUUGAAAACCAUGAGUUCCAUUUACCUAAAGGAGUCAAAGUUCUCAGUGUUAAAAAGGCUUCCACAGAAAGGAUCACCAGUAGUGCAGCAUCUGACCUGAACAUUAAGGGGGACAGCAAGGCCAUCAUUCGUGGAAACGAGGGCGUCAACAUCAUGGGCCGGACUGUAGAGUUCAAAAUGGGCGGAGGCAUCGAGCUCAGGGCUGAGAACAGCAUUGUCCUCAAUGGAUCAGUCAUGUUCAAUGCUACACGCAUCCCUAACUCCGCAGGAGAUGUGUAUUUCGAUGAAGGUCUGGAGAGGUACAAGCUCUGCAUGUGUGCAGAUGGGACUCUGUUCCGUGUGCAGGUGAAAUAUCCCAACAUGGGCUGCCAGACUUCAGAUAACCCAUGUAGAAAAGCUCACUAGGAGACGUGACUGAAGUCAGAUUACAAAUUUGCGUAUAUAUAGAACAUUCAUCAUGAUUUGCACAUAAUACCUCUGCAGUUCACCUAACAAAUUCUGUAUUCCUCAUUUUGUUUGCCAAACAGGAAUUGUGUUACAGAUCAUUGCCACUUGGCCAAAGAUAUUAACAUACUUGUAAGCGCUGAAGUAUUUUUAUUGUUCUGCAGGUUUGCCAACUUUAUUUAAAAUGUAUAAUGCCAUAUCUGUGCAUAACACUCCCAUAUUUAACAUUACACUGUGGUUUACUGUCCAUUGAUAACAAUUAGAAGGUACAGUAUUUCCUUUUUGCCUUACCGUCCAGUAUUACUAAUAUACAAACCAUGCAGAGGGGUUGUAUAAGAUUUUAUUUGCUGUUCAUUGUUUCUGGCAGCUGUGUAUAAUAUUUUCUUUAUUAUAUUCACUGACAAGUGUGAGACACUAUAUAAUUAUAAUGAUUUAUGUAAUAUUAAAUUUGGGAUGAACUGUAAAACACAAGAUACAUUUUAAGCCAUCCGGUAAUGCUAAAGCAGAGUAGGUCUCUUUCUGCACAUCUUGGACUGUCUAUCAUGCACGUGCCAAUGGAUUUACAAGGGAUGAUGUAGAAUAUAUAUGUAAUAUUCUAAUUUUGUUGCAAAACCUUUUUUACAUCGAAAUAAUACAAUAUUGAAAAACAGAACGAGAGUGUGUGCACUAAGAUUAUGCUACAGAUUAAUCCAAAUCUCGUUAAAUGUUGAUGUUCAUGAAUGUCAGGAAAGUUUAAAUCAUCAGUAGCUUGGUUUGAAGCCUAUAUUGAGUGGUCUGAAUUUUGUGCAAUAUAGUAUAAAAGAUUUGAAGUAUCAUGAAGCAUGUUGCGAGAGAGCUGAGUGUUUUUGAUCAACUAAAUGAAAAAACAGGAAAAAGGGCAAUCAGCCUUAUUUGAAAAGUUGUCCAACAUCUCAUUGCUAUGUUUGUUUCAAUAAAGAAACAUGUUCCUAUGUGAAA